UGUGACUUCUUUCCUCUCGUGGCAUGCUGCGCGGCGCGGCCCGCUUGCUGCGCGUGAGCGCCGCCGGCGACGCGGGCGCGGCGCGGUCGGCGCUGGAGUCCCGGGGCUGCGCCGUCGUGUCCGUGGAGCAGCACCGCGAGCAGGGCCGUUUCUUCGAGCGCGUCGUCUUCGACGCCGGAAACGGGCUCGACGCCGGGGCCCUCGAGGCGGCGCUGGCGCCGGACGCCGUGACGAUCCGCGCCGCCGACGAGCGGCCGCGGCUCGCGGUCUUCGCGGGUAAGGAACCCGGGUGCCUCGAGGAACUGCUCGAGCGGUCGCGGACCGGCGAGUUGCGCGCGGACGUCGCGGGCGUCCUGUCGAACCACGCGACGCUCGCGCCCCUCGCGGCGGACUACGGCGUGCCCUUCCACUGCUUCGGCGGCGAGGACAUGGAGGCGGCGCAGCUCGCCCGCCUCGCGGAACUCCGCGUCGACGUCGUCGCGCUCGCGCGCUACAUGCAAAUUCUCGGCCCGGCCUUCUGCGAGGCCUACGCGGGCCGCGCGCUCAACGUGCACCACUCGUUGCUGCCCGCCUUCCCCGGCGCGCGGCCCUACGACGCGGCCUGGGCCCGCGGGGUGAAAUUGAUCGGCGCGACGGCGCACUACGUCACGGAGGAGCUCGACGGCGGCCCCAUCGUCGCCCAGGCCGCGCUGCCCGCGCCCCACGCGCUGAGCGUGCGCGACCUGCGACGCGCCGGCGCGGCCGCGGAGCGCAGCGUGCUCGCGGACGCCGUCGCCGCGCACGUCGACCGCCGCGUGCUGAUCGCGGGGUCGCGCUGCGUCGUCUUCGCCGGGCCCUAACAUCGCCGGGAUUCGU